CAACAUUUCAAAACAAUAUGGAGACGGAAAGUGCACGUGGGGAGGAAGAAGCAGGUGCCUGUGGUCAAUCUGGGCCCAUGCCGUCGGCUAAGGGUUCUAGUGAUGAGCGUAAGAAACCCACAUGCAUCAUAGUCCUUGGCAUGGCUGGGUCUGGAAAGACAACUUUUGUCCAGAGAAUCACUGCGCACCUCCAUGCAAGAAAAAGGCCCCCCUAUGUAAUCAACCUUGACCCGGCUGUUUUAGAAGUCCCCUUUCCUGCCAACAUUGAUAUUCGAGACACUGUGAAUUACAAGGAAGUUAUGAAACAAUACUCAUUAGGACCAAACGGAGGAAUAGUGACUUCGUUGAAUUUGUUUGCAACCAGGUUUGAUCAGGUGAUGAAGUUUUUGGAGCAGAAAUCUACAGAAAAUGAGUAUAUCAUAUUGGACACACCCGGACAGAUAGAGGUGUUUACGUGGUCUGCCUCCGGAGCCAUCAUUACAGAAACGCUGGCUUCCACGUUCCCCACUGUUGUUGUGUAUGUGAUGGACACGUCCCGUAGUGUAAACCCUGUUACCUUCAUGUCCAACAUGCUGUACGCCUGUAGCAUCCUCUACAAAACCAAACUGCCCUUCAUCGUGGCGAUGAACAAGAUUGACAUUGUGAAUAACAGUUUCGCUGUGGAAUGGAUGAAUGACUUUGAAGCAUUCCAGGAUGCGCUGGAGCAUGAGACAUCUUACGUUUCUAACCUGACACGGUCCAUGUCCCUGGUGUUGGACGAGUUCUACGCCAACCUUCAUAAUGUUGGCGUGUCCUCGGUGACAGGAGAGGGAGUGGAAGAGUUUUUCAAGCUUGUGGGUAACGCAGCAGAGGAAUUUGAGAAAGAGUACAGGCCCCAGUAUGAAAAACUGAAAAGGGAAAAUGAAGAAAAGGAUCUUACGGAGCAAGAGGAACAGUUGUCACGGUUACGCAUGGAUAUGGACAAGGACAACCCUGUUCUAAAGAAACAGACCGAGGGUAUGACCAUCACCCCGGGAUUGAUUGAGGAUGACAGUGACGAGGAGGCCCAUGACCCUGACAUGAUGGAUGAGGAAGAACAGAGGGAGCAUGAAUCUUUCCGGAAUUUUAUGCAGAAUCAAAAGAGUCGACAGCGAAAAAAACAAGAUACAGAGGCUGUUGACAAAACGUGACGAACAUUUUCACUGAAUUUAUAAUUUGUUUGUAAUUGUCUUUUAGCUGUGCUAUUAAAAUGUGCUACUACUCAUUGUUAAA